AAUGUACAGAGCAUGAAGUUUCUGACUCAUCUAAUAAUACAAUUGAUAAAAAAGCUUUAUCUUUAGAAAUGCCAGCUCAAGAUCAAUCAAUUAAUUUAAAUAAAAUAAGUGAACAUAGAGAGGACCAUACUCAAGAUAUAUGCCAUGUCAAUACUACUAUUGAUGAAGCUGUAAAAAUUUCAAAUGUCUCAAGUUAG